CCAUGAACUUGUUCAAAAUGUCGACAAUUGGAGUACAUGUCACAUAAGAACAUCACGAUUUCUGUCACGUAUUUACCUCUUGUUUCUCUUCAUAUAUUUGUAUGUUUUGCUUUCUUCUCCAUCCUCAGAAACGGGAACCCACUGAGAGAGAAGAGAGAAGGAAGAUUUGAGAUAAGAGUUCGUGUGAACAAGAGUUUGAUUGAAGAAUUCAACUGAUUUCCAUAUAUUUUUUUGUUGAGAUUUAGAUCUGCUACUGUUUCUUUCUCUUUUCAGGGACCUGCACAGGUCGGUUUUGAAAGGAAAUGAGAGGAAAAAGAAUAUGAGUUUUUUAUUGUUCUUUUCUUCUCUUUAAAGUUAUAUUGAUUUAUCUGUCUUGUUUUUGCCGAAGGAUGAAGCGAGAUGAGGUGUAUAUGAACCCUCAAUUUAAGCGGCCAUUUGGUUCUUCUUCUCGAGGAGAAUCCUAUGGAUCACCGCAUGCCUCUGGAGGAGGAGGUGGUGCAGGUGAUGCUGGAGUGAGUGGAGGAGGUGGUGCUACUGGUGGUAUUCAAAAACUUACGACCAAUGAUGCAUUAACUUAUUUGAAGGAAGUUAAGGACAUGUUCCAAGAUCAAAAAGAAAAAUAUGACAGGUUCCUUGAUGUCAUGAAAGAUUUCAAAGCUCAAAGAAUCGACACAACUGGCGUGAUAUUGAAGGUGAAAGAGUUAUUUAAAGGGCAUCCUAAUCUUAUCCUUGGUUUCAAUACCUUCUUACCUAAAGGUUAUGAAAUCACCCUUACUGAAGAGGAAGGGGCUCCAAAAAGAACAGUUGAGUUUGACGAAGCUAUAAAUUUUGUGAAUAAGAUCAAGAACCGUUUCCAAGACGAUGAUCGGGUUUAUAAAGAUUUCCUAGCAAUCUUGAACAUGUACCGAAAGGAUCAUAAGGGUAUUGCCGAUGUCUAUGAAGAGGUUUCGGCACUUUUUAUUGACCAUCCAGAUCUUCUUCAACAGUUUACUAGAUUUUUGCCUGAUACCUCAACUACAGACUCAACGGCACUUGCUUCUUUUGGCCGGCAUUCCUUUCAUCGUUUUGAUGAGAGGAGCUCUGCUAUGCCCACAAUGCGACACUCUCACAUGGAUAAGCAACGAUUACGACGGGAAAAGAUUAUGAUCUCCCGCGGAGAACAUGAUCCUAGUGUCGAGCGUCCAGAAGUGGAAGAGGACAAAACAGUGAUGACGUUGCACAAGGAUCGGAAAAGGCGUGCUGAAAGGGAGAACAAAGACAAGAGAACUCGUUAUUCGGACAACAGAGAUACCGACAAUGAAAAUAAUGGGGAUAUUAGCAUGCAUCACCAUUCUGACAAAAGUAAAUCUGCUCAGAAGGUUGAUGAUUUUGGAGGGAACUCAAAUAUGGUCUCUCAUGAUGAUAAAGAUGCAUUGAAACGUAUGUACAGUCAGGAGUUUGCUUUCUGUGAAAAAGUUAAGGAGCGGUUGCGCAGUGCAGAUGAUUACCAGGCAUUUUUGAAAUGUCUUCAUAUUUACAGCACAGAGAUAAUUACGAGAAAGGAAUUGCAGAGUUUGAUUGCUGAUUUACUUGGAAAACAUCCUGAUCUUAUGGAGGGAUUCAAUGAAUUUUUUGAGCGCUGUGAGCAAAUCGAAGGAUUUCUUGCUGGUGUUAUGGGCAAAAUUAUGGCAGAGAUGUUGUGGAAUGAUGGACAUUCUUCAAAAGCCUUGAGAGUAGAGGAUAAAGACAAAGAAAAAAAGCGUGAAGUGGAUGGAGGUAAAGAAAAGGACAGACCCAGUUUGAAGUACUCAGGAAAGUCCAUUCAGGAGCUUGAUCUAUCUAACCGUCAACGUUGCACUCCCAGUUACCGACUUCUUCCCGAAGAUUAUCCAAUGGCUACAGCAAGCCAGAGAUCGGAGCUUGGCGCUCAGGUUUUAAAUGACCAUUGGGUAUCUGUGACAUCUGGAAGUGAGGAUUACUCAUUUAAGCACAUGCGCAGAAAUCAGUAUGAAGAAAGCCUUUUUAGGUGUGAAGAUGACAGAUUUGAGCUAGACAUGUUGUUGGAGUCUGUGAGCUCGGCUGCCAAGCGUGCAGAGGACCUGCUGAACAGUAUAACUGAUAAUCCAGCUGGUUCCGACAAUCCCAUACGUGUCGAGGAACAUUUCACAGCUCUGAAUUUGAGAUGCAUCGAACGUCUAUAUGGGGACCAUGGUCUUGAUGUCAUGGACAUUUUGCGCAAAAAUCCAUCACUUGCAUUGUCUGUAAUACUUACCCGCCUGAAGCAGAAGCAAGAGGAAUGGACCAAAUGUCGUGCAGAUUUCAACAAAGUAUGGGCAGAGAUUUAUGCUAAGAACCAUUACAAGUCUCUUGAUCAUCGGAGCUUUUAUUUCAAGCAACAGGAUUCGAAGAACUUGAGCACGAAAUCCUUGGUAGCAGAAAUAAAAGAGAUCAAGGAGAAAAAUGAAAACGAAGUUCAUGUGCCUCUCGAUAUUGCUGCUGGAAGUAGAUAUUCCAUCCAUCCAAAUCUUGAAUUUGAAUAUGCUGAUGCUGACAUUCACGAAGACUUAUAUGAAAUUAUUAAGUACUCUUCCGAAGAGAUCUGCUCAACGAAAGAGCAGUUAAAUAAAGUUUUGAGGUUCUAUACUACUUUUCUUGAGCCAAUGCUGGGUGUUCAUUCCCUUCGUCGUAGUUCAGACGUUAAUGAAGGUGAUGGUUUCUCGAAAAUUGGAACUGCAAAAAACACAUUGACAAGCAUAACUGCAAGCGAUGGAAAUGCUGAUGCUACUACCAUGAACUUGAAGCAACCGAAGCGCAACGGCAAUGGAGAUUCAAACACAUCACCUCAACGAGUCAAUUCCUGUAAGACGAGCUUCACAAAUAUGGAUACUCUGGCUAAAGAAGAUGGGUCAACUGUGGCAUCUGGUGGACGAUUACCCAAGUCUGAUACAGCUGUUACCUUAGAACCUGAUGCAAAUCAUGGGCGUGCUGCAAAUUCUUCUCGAGCUAAUAUUGAUCCCAGUGAGGACAAUCAUAGGUCCAAGCUUAAUAUGGAAGUUACACUGUGCUCAGAGGGUGAUGAGACUUCAAGAUCAAAUCAAUUAGCAAAUGAAGGGUGUGUGGAAAGGUCAAGACUGGCUGGGUAUGAUGAGGAUUAUGUUGAUGCCAGCAGAGGUGAUAAAGAAGUGGAUAAAAUUUCUUCUAAUGGCAAUUUUGGAGAAAAUAUAGCUGCCUAUCAGGAUGGUGGCUCACAAUCCAUGGCCGAUAGAACAAGAGGUCACGAAGAGAUUUCGCCAAAUGGAGCUGCUGAAAAUGAUGCAGAUGCUGAUGAUGAGGACAGUGAAGCUGGUGAAGAUGCAUCGGGUAGCGAGUCUGCUGCCGAUGAAGGCUCAGGAGAAGAACACGAGGAAGAGGGAGACAUAGAAAUGGAUGGUAAAGCAGAGAGUGAAGUUGACGCUGAGGAUGCAGGUGAAGGUGCAUUGAUACCAGUGUCUGAGCGUUUUUUGCUCCCCUGUAAACCUCUGUCGAAGUACACGGCUUCUCCAUCGAAAGGCAGUGAUGGAAAUGAUCGUCGAGUUUUCUACGGGAAUGACACUUUUUACGUGCUUUUCAGGCUGCAUCAGAUACUCUAUGAGAGAAUAUUAACAGCCAAGAUGAACUCAGAACCUGCAGAAUCAAAAUUGAAAACCACGAAGGAUGCAAGUUCAGAUCCUUAUACCAGAUUCAAGAAUGCGCUUUUUGGGCUGCUUGAUGGAUCUUCUGAUAAUUCAAAAUUCGAGGAUGACUGCCGAUCAUUGAUUGGAAACCAGUCAUAUGUUCUCUUUACUUUGGAUAAGCUCAUAUAUAAGUUGGUCAAACAGCUCCAAACUGUAUCGAGUGAUGAGGUGGACUAUAAACUGCUUCAAUUGCACGAGUAUGAAAAAUUUCGGAAGUCUGAGCACUAUGUUGAUUUGGUUUAUUACGAAAAUGUGCAUGUCCUUUUGCACGAUGAGAACAUUUACCGAGUUGAAUGUACAUCUUCCCCCACCCGUUUGUCUAUUCAGUUGAUGGAUGAUGGAAAUGAGAAAUCUGAAGUUGUUCCAGUUUCAGUGGACCCUGAUUUCGCGGACUAUUUCUACAACGAUUAUCUUUCAGUAACUAAUGGGAGAAAGGAGUCAUCUUCCGUCAUGUUGAAGAGAAAUAUGCGUAAAUAUGCUAAUAUGGAUGAGCCUUCUGCUCUCUGUCUGGCUAUGGGGAAUAUUCAGAUGAAUAAUGGUCUGGAAUGUAAGACAUCAGCCACCACAUCCAAGAUCUCUUAUGUCCUGGACACAGAGGACUCCUUUAUUCGUUUGGGAAGGGGAAGAAAUGAAUCAGGAGUGAGAUCUUCAAACAAUGACCAAGCGAGGGUACAGCGUUUCCAUCAGUUUUUGAUGGCCUCUGUGAUCUCAUAACCAUCAACAUUCCUUGUAUGCUUUCUUCAGCAUCAGGUGGGAAAGAUUAUGUCUUCCCAUGCUGCAUUUUGCCUAUUGUUUGGGGGGACGUUUGGAUUGACGGAUCUGGAAAACAGGCUGGGGGAAUUUGGAUUACUGAGUAGAUAUAGCGAUGGAUCGAACAUUUAGAAAUCAUCAGCAUAGUUUACAGGCUCGAAACGGUGUUGAAAUUUGUAUAUUUUGGUGCUUCGCAACAUCUCCAGUUAGGGAUGUUUGCGUUAAGAUUUAAAGGUUGGGGGACUUUUGCGUGGUAACCACAUAGAUUAGGGACCUUUUCGGCCAUUUUCCCAAAUACUUCAAAAUUGUACAAAACCCCUAAAGAGAAAAUGGCAAAGUCACAGGGCAACAGCCAAUGAGAAUAUCUUGAAUAUAAUAUAAUAUAAAAAAAGGCACAACUAGCGAGAAAUAGGUUGUAUUUCUCCGUCUGCAGCUCCCUCUACGCGUUGCCUAACUUUCCUUAGAGCAUUGAAUCGAAAUAUUCUCCGUGUGAAUCGGCGUUCUUCCUCCAAUGGCUUCACCCACUCUCAAGCGAUGGCUCAGGCCUGAGGUUUAUCCUUUGUUCGCGGCCGUCGGAGUGGCUGUUGGGAUUUGCGGAAUGCAAUUGGUCCGAAAUAUUUGUACCAAUCCUGAAGUCAGGUAGCCGUAAAAUCUUGUUAUCCCUAUUUUUCGUUUUUAUUUUCUUAGAUCUGUGCAAUAAUGCAUCCACUAUUCUCGAAAGCGUAUUGUUAUGCCUUGGUCUUGUCAUGUGUUUUCUUUUUGCUAGUGCGUGUUUGUUUUGAUAUCAUUUAAAUAUUUGCUUUCUGUACAUUAUUUAUGAUUAAAUUAUUGAUCAUUAUUUGUUUUGAUCUAUUAAACCAAUGACCUGGUUUCUUAAUUCAAUUUAUCAGAUGAUCAGGACUAUACCCAAAUUUUUCAAAAGCAACUAUAAGCAAAAGAAUACCAGAAAACCCCAAAGUACACGCACAUAUUUAUAGUAGUUGCCUCCGAUGCGAGAACUAGAUUCACUUACUAUUGGAAGGUUUUAACUGUAACAAAUAAUGAAUAACCGUAGAAAGGAUCUCAUGCUUCUCUCUUCUCAAAAAAA